AAAGUGUUGUUGUUGUUUUCGAAUUUUUAUUGGUUUUAAAUUUAUUAAUGAUAAAAACUAUUAAACUUUCAAAAUUGUAUUUGCCUUGGCUUAAUAAACCACAGAAGUGAACCAGAAGAAAUUUGUUCUGCACAUUGCUUGUAAGAUGCCUGUGUAUUACGAAUGGACCUCAAGAAAGAAACCUACUUUGAAAAAACAUGAAUACCCUAGUUUUGAAGUUGCUUCUCAUCCUCUAAAAGUAAAUGUGAUAAAUGUUAUGAAAGAGAGCACCAGUAAAAUUUUGAUGGACAACCUAUCUAAAUGGAGUAAUGCAUUUGAAGAAGUAGACCCACUUUUGAGGUUUGAGCAGAUGAAACAAGAAGAGGAAAGUAAUCAAAUUGAUAUUCCUGUUGAUGAUGUCACAAAUUAUAAGAACUCAUGGAAUACAAGGCGUUCUGUUAUACUUAACAAAUAUACCACAGGCGAAAAACUCACAAUAGUAAGCAGUUUCCUGCCUGGGGGAGAAAAAACUCUGUUUAGACAGGUAUCUAAUUUGAAUGAAAAAGUUAAACACAGACUUGAACAGCUAGAUGAUUUUGAUGAAGGAUCAGUUAGGAAAACCAUGGGAUUGAGCCAGCAGGAGUUUGUUACGAAAAUUAACAUGCUGAAUGAUGAAAUAAAAAAGGCUUGGGAUUCUGAGCAAAGGGUAAAGGCAUUUAAAAUAGGUAUCCAGUGUUCUAAAUUACUGUCUGAUGUUAAUGUCAUGCAAUUCUACCCAAGUAAAUUUGUAUUGAUUACUGAUAUUUUGGAUACCUUUGGAGUUUUAGUGUUUGACAGACUAAAGGCAAAAAGCUUCAAGCCAAAUGAAGUGAAAGAUAUAAAUGAUAUUGAUCCUAGAGAAAUUCCUGAAACUGCUAAAGAGACCUGCCAAAACUGGUUGUUUAAGAUGGCUUCAAUUAGGGAGCUGCUGCCACGUUUAUACAUGGAGAUGUCUUUGCUCAAGUGUUAUGCUUUCAUAUCGAAAAAUGAAAUAAAGCCAGUAAUAGCGAGACUUACAACUAUGAUUAGAGGAAUUGGAAACCCCCUGGUUGCUAUUUAUCUUAGACUAUAUUUAUGUCGUGUUGCUUCAAAGUUGAUGGGUAAAGAGAGUGAAGAAUUAUUUUAUUCAAAUCUAAAGGAAUUCCUUGAAGAAUAUCAGCAGAUCUUCCAUCCUAUGAUCAUAAGGAAGUUUGAAACCCAGUUACUAACAUUAGACAAAUAUCUAAACCUGUAUGUACCAGCUGUGGAUUGGCUCCUUCAUGGCACACUCAACUCAAAUAAAUGUAAAGAUACACUUUUAGAUGAGCUACUGCAACAAUGUGAAGACAUGGAAAAUAAUGAACUACUGCUCUAUUGCGUCGUAAACGCUUUUGAUUCACCAAGUAUCAUUAAAAAAUCCUCGAAGAUUUUGGAAUUAGUACAAAAGUCUUCAGAUAAAAUGGUUUUAGUGAGUGAAAUUCUCACUUCACUUGGAGAGCACCUGUGCAACACCGAAAGUCAUCGCCAGCUGUCGUCAGAAGCAUUGAUCCAAACAUGGUGGAAGAUAGCCACUACUUUGAAGUCUACUUUCCACUUUUUGCAAGUGCUGGAGCCGUGGUUGCAAUUCGCUUGUACUCAUUUAUCGACUCAACAUGUCAACAUUAUAUUGCGAGGGACAAUCCGCUACAUGAUCAAGUGUGGCAAACCUGCUGAUGAAUUUUCGGGCAAUUUUCAUUUUGUCAUAAGGAGGAUGCUCAAAUUUAUACCUGAUGUUGAGGAACUUUUCUUGAUGGAUGCCUUUAUGCCCCUAGUUGAGCUCGUGCAGACGGCGAACGCUCGUACGAUGAUGGCCAAAACUGUACUUUCCAUAUUCUUCUCAAGAUACACCUCAGUACACAUUGAGGAUCACAUCAUUAUUUCCAGUUUGAUGAGGCUGUGCUGCAUAUUGCACGAUUCUAUCAAUGCUGUAACGGUCGAUGAUGAGAGUAAAGUGUGUGCCGAAUUGAUCAACAAAUUCGUGCAAGCAGUCACUUACGAAGAUGACUUAGAACAGCAACUAAACUUUUAUGUAGAAUGCAGAUCAGCUUUCAUAAAACUUGACGCAGUUCUGAUAGCAUUGGUUCACGCGGUGAACGCGCUAGCAGCACGGGCGGGCGCGCGGCGCCUGCGCUGGCUGCAGCGCGCGUGCGCCGCGUACUGCUUCGUGACGGUGCCGUCGCUGCCGUGCGCGCUGGCGCGGGCGCACCUCUACCUGCUGGCCGGCCAGGUGGCGCUGCUCAACAACUGCAUCGGACAAGCCGAAGCGAAUUUCAAAGCUUUAGUUGGAUUAAUACCGGAUAUCCCAGAAUUUCUCCUCGAGGAUGGACAAAAGAAACCAACUAAUAUUAAAGUCAGUGGCAUCAUGAGCGACUUUUUAUCAACUAUGCUGAUAAUGCCCGAUAACGUGGACAGCAACUGCAAGGCAUAUCUAUUGAGUGGCUUUAUCAAGAUGAUAGAGAGAAUACACUGGAAGAAAACUGAUCCCUUAUAUUAUGCAACAUUGUUACGCAUUUUAGAUGUGCUAAGCGAAAUGACGCAGGAAAAUUACGCAUACCACAUUGAUUCAGUCCUUUCAAAUGACAAGUUGUAUGGUGGUGAAGAAGAAUUUCUGGAGGCGAUUGAUAAACAUGCUACAAAUAUUUGUCAAGAGUUGCUGGUAGUUUUGAAGAUGCUUGGCGACGCUAAAGAAACAAAGAAACAGCAUAACUUAGCGUUAGAAAUGUUCUGGAGAGUUGUGAGACGUGGAGAGCUCAACAAAGCUACGAUGAUGAGUUUGGCUGCCAAUUUAUGGAUGUUAUCACAGAAACUACAAGAGCCAAGUAAUAAUAAAAUGGCUAAAUCUAUGUUAGUGGCAUUAGCAUCCGAUAGUAGUCCGGCGAGUCAAGUUUUACUGAAAAAACUUGAAGAAAGUGCUACCAAACAAUGACGGAAGAAGAUUGAUCUGGGAUUGUGUGUCUUUCGUCCUUAUUCCGUUAUGUAAAAAAUAUAAAUAAUUGUAUGAUUACGUAAUACGCAAUAUUAAAUAUCAUGUCUUUAAGAGUAUACUACUAUAGAUAGCCGAGCGAG